AUGCCUCCCGAGGACCCUUUCGCGUUCCUGGCUGCUGAGCAGCCCACCAAACCUGUGAAGGACAAGAAGCCGCACUGGAGAGAUAAGCUCUUCUCCAAGGACAAGAACAGUCGUUCCACCCCCGAUAAACAGAUUCAAGACUUUCUCGCUACGGCCACUGCCCAAAAGGCUGACCACAGAGAUGCCCCUCCAACCGUAUCUACCCACCCUAUUCCCUCGUCGCAGGACCUUGUGAAUGUCCCUGCCCCGCAGCCCGCCUUGCCAGUGAUUCCGCCUCCUUCGAAAGAGAACUACUUCGCCUUCGACUUCACCGAGGAUAAACUCCCGGAAUCCAAGUCGCUUCCGUCACUUCUACACCCCCUCAAGGGCAAGGGACUGCGGGUCGGAUUCUCAGAUCGCGCGCCCCAGACGAUUGGAGAGGGAGGCGACGAGUCGGAUAUCCCCACCGUCGAGAUCUCGCGAUCUGUUCAGCGCAUGCGCGAGAGACAGGCCGCGCAAUCCUCCCAGCCACGACGAAUGCCCUCUCGUUCCCCGAACCCGUCUCGAGAGCACCUGCCGACGCUUCGGGUCAACACCUCGCUGGCCGAUGGUGAUGGGCGAUCACGAUGCGCGCAGGAUCAACGCGUCAGCCCCAGCGCGCAACAACCGCCGCUCGUCCAGGACCCACACGAAGCGGAAUUCUUGAGCACCCUGCACAUCAGCAAGCCCGGCUCCCGUUUAUCAUUCCGAGGGUCGCCCGACUCGCAUUCGUUCGCGGAGCGGGUACGGAAACAGAUGCAGGUGGAGGAAGCCCGUGCAUUACACAAUCGCUACGAAGACAUCGCAUCCCCGACGACUGACGACGACGACAUCUCCAGCCCUGAGCCUCUGCCAUCUCAUAGUCCCCGAAGCCCCCAUGAGUCGGUCUACGAAACACCCGCCUCGCAACAUGCACCCUCGGUCAAAUCGAUUGUCCAGUCGAUUCGGAAUCCCCCGAGCCCAGCCGUACACCGCGCUGCAGCUAACCUGAGUCCCGUUGACCCGCGCAUGCCCCCUAGUCUUACACCAGGAAGCCCAGCCAAUCCUACACCAGGACCGCCGGUUCCUACUCAUGAACCACAGCCGAGAAAUCUAGCCUCUCCGGCAAGCCAGCUCAGUCGCGAAAUUCCAUCAAUGAACCAGCUUGCAUCUCCGUCCACCCAAACGAGUCGAGAACCAUCGCGAAGCCCCCAGCCGCCCAAGUAUUCUUUGCGGAACAUUGCCAAUCAGGUUGGGGACACCGCAUUUGCCGAGUUCAAGAAUUACAUUGCCAGAUACGACAGUCUUCUUCACAUGUCCGCAGAGAGUGUCAAGCCGCUAAUGGAAACCACUCUGACAGAAUGGAUCCGAGCUGCGAUAUGGUGGUUUUUGCGGGGCAAGACACGCUUGGAAACGUUUGCUCGCUCGCGGGCAACGGCUCCUCCCAGCUACGCCAAGCAGGCCGUUAUUGACCUUGGGAAAGCGCUGUGGAUCAACGAGAAUAUCGUGCCUACACACUACGAGGUGGCGCGAUAUGGUUCCAUGGGAGUGGACGCUGUGUUGGCAGUUGCCAGCACUACUGGCGACAAGGAGAUGGUCGACCUUCUCAGUCUCCACCAAAACGCCCUUAAUCACCUCCGGUCGCUGGCCAUGUCUAUCAAGCGAAAUGAUAUCCUCGCCAUUGUUCUCCGUGACGAGAACUCUCCCAGUCAGCUGGAUUCCAGCGUUUGGCUCCGAUACCCCUUCUUUGCACCAGACGUUUCCGCAGUUCUGUCUGGCAGUGCAACGAGAUCGAUGUUGGCCGACAAGCCAUCCAAAACACCGAGUAUGGUGUACAUGAUGCCUCUUGGCGACACCAGCCGGUACUUUAGCUAUGGAAGCAUGUUUGUGCAGGCCUGUGUGAGUUCCGGCGACGAGGAAGGCGAGCAGUACGCCAUGCCUUGUGCAUUGACGAUUAUCCGGGAGCGGUCUGAUUGGUACGUCCACGCCGCGAUUACGAGUCAGAGUCAGCUCGUGAAUGUCUUGAUUCAGGCCGAUCGCAAGCAGGGACCCACCUGGGAGGAUGUGGACUGGCAAGUCCGGUCUCAUUCCAUGCGGGUCAAGCUGCCCCGUGGCUUUGAGUUGGAUGUUAUGUUUAAAGAAGACGAUUUCAAAACUCUGUGGAAUAUCGUCAAGUAUACCCAAAAGUCGGAAGCAAGUCUCGAGCCUGAGGCUGGCGAGGUGGUGGUCUUUGAGAACACUCUGAAAGUGUUCCAGUAUAUGGAUCCUGGAACGCCCAAGGCAUUCCCCAACGAGCCCCUGGAACGCUGUCGCAUUCGUUUGUUUGAGCGGACAGUAAACAUCACCGAAGGCACUGGCACUCGAAACGCCCAUCGUGGGUUCCGAUUGACUGUGCUGACGAGUCCGAAAGUGAAGACUCUCAGUAACGUCCGCCAUACCCUAGGCUACGGCGCACCCGUGGUCUUCGGGCUUUUGCGGGGAGAAGAUGGUGCGCCGGCUCUGCUUUUGAAAGUGACCGAGGAUGGUCGUACGCGGUCAAUGUUGAUGACCUUCCAUGAGGUGGACGAGCGCACACAAAUGCAUUCCGUGCUUCUCGGCAUGCUACCUCAGGACGGAGAGACCAAGACCCCCGAGAUUCCCCUGCGGUCGUAUGCCAUCGAGCAGCCCGGCGAUUCAGGCAGUGGCCGAACGCCGACCACACACCUGCAGUUCCCCGUCGGGAACGUGCUGGUUAUUGAUCAAGAACAUGCCUAUGUAGAUCAUGGCUACGGCCCAACGAUUCUGUCGGAACACCUGAGGGCUUUCGUCGCUACUGAGUGGGGAUCUGUAACGGACCGUAUCAAUUUAGGACCUGGGGAACUCAAAAUCGCAUUGGAUGUCAACAAGAAGACUGGCAUGAGCUUGUUCCGCCCAGCACAACAUGAUCUGACCGUUUCGCUGGCCGACAAUCUCGUCCCUACGGAAAUGCCUGAGCAGGUGGCUGGCUUCUUGCAAAAGGUCACCGCUAAACCCAUGGUUCGGCGGUUGGACUUUGCCUCGAUGCAGGAUCUCCAUGCAUUUGAACAGGCCGUCACCGGCUUCCGAGUCAUCUACGAUGGAACCGCGUCUUCAUUCACCAUUUCCCGCCGCCGCAUGGUUGUCCCCAUCUACAAGAAAUGGGAAGCCAACCAGGUCCGCAUCCAGAUCGUGCGACAGGAAAAGGUCACACAACUGCUCGCCUUCUUCGCGGACUUCCACCAUGGCACCUGCAUGAACUUCGUGCUCAAGGGCACGGACCAUAUCGAGUCUUUUAAUCGCUCUGGCAAGUUUGGACUCCGCAUUGUUGACGCCAAGUUUGCCCUCCCGAAGAAGGAUGAGGACCCGGCGUCGGACUUUGUAUGCCUGGAUAUGCCCGAAUAUCCUAUCGAACACGACGACAUUGCUAUCACCUUUGACUCUGAAACUGACCGCUCCAGUUUCAAGGUGGCACUCCCUGGAUCGGUGCGAGAACCAUCCAGAAUGGGAUCUCUGCGCCGAUAA